AUUUCAUUGUUGCAGGUUGGCUUGCCUUUUUUUUAGCUUUUUGUUUUUGUUUUUGUUUUUUUGUCAUAUGGGAAGUGCAACCCCCAGACCACUUCAAAGGAAAUGCUAUACCAAGAACUGGGGAGACCAUGGGUGUGACACAGUGGGAGGUGUCUCAGAAUGAAGACAGUAUCUUGCUGCUACACAUAGGAGCUGCCCAAGCCAGAUAAAGAGAGCUCACAGUAAUAUCUGGUACCAGAUAAGCAGAGAAAUCUCUGCAAAAGACCCAUCCACAGAGAACAAGGCACUUCUCUGGUUUCUGAAUUUUCCAAAUGUGUCUGUAGGAGCCAGUGGCUGCUGCUCACUCAUACAUGACAACAGAACCCACUGCUCUGUGAUCUGCAGCAAAGAACUGCAUUCAAGACUUUUUCAUGUUUAGAAAUAUGAUGGGGCUUGUAGAUUUGAUCCUCCUAUCUACCUUCCUCUCGGUUUCCAUGACAUCUGAAACAUUUGAUCCUAUGGAAGGUGAGGCCUUAGUUAUAAAAUGUCCCAAGUGGAGUUCGUCUGUAAAAAUCACCUGGUACCGCACGGAUACUCACAAAGUAAUUCCUGCGGAAGAGGAGGGAUCACGAGUAUUUUCCAUAGAACGAUUUCUUUGGUUUCUGCCAACUUCUAGAGAGGAUUCUGGAAACUACACUUGUGUAACACAUUUUCCAAGUAAUCGCACAAAGUCAUACAACGUGAGUGUGCAAGUGCAUUCAUACAAGCCAGGAGAAUGUUUCCCAAGUCGGAUUCGUUACCCAAAUGACACUGGAAGAGGAAAAAUUGUUUGUCCCACCAUUGAUAACUAUAAGAAUGCUACUAUUGUCCAGUGGUAUAAGGACUGCAAACCUCUUCAGGGACAGAGAUACUUCAAGAAAGAGAAAUAUAUUUAUAUUGAUAAUCCAAGAAGGGAGGAUGAUGGUUAUUAUACUUGUCAAUUUAUUUAUACCCACAAAGGAAAUGUGUUUAACGUAUCAGCAACAAGAAUUUUCAUAAGUGGGGUGAAAUAUUCACCUCUACCACCUCAAAUCAUAUUUCCAAAGAAUAAUGAUGUAAUAGAAGCAGAGCUUGGUGCUGCUUUGUCUCUGAAAUGUCAGGCCCGCCUGGGGAUUAAGAAACAGCCAGUGGCUGCUGUCAGAUGGGAUGUGGAUGAUACCCCAGUGAAAAACCUUGUUUUUUCAAGAUUUCAUGAAGAAACUCAUUUUUUUAAUGGACAUGAGCAAGUAUACUAUGAAGAGACCACUUUGAAUAUUACUGAAGUAAAAAAGGAGGAUCUGCAGUCAAAUUUCACAUGUAUAGCAUUGAACAUGAUGCACAACACAAGAGUCACAGUGACAUUACAACUCAAAGUGCAAUCUAAGGAGUUUCUUCCUAAUGUCCUCCUGAUCACAGGAUCUCUAGUUCUGCUAGGUGCAAUAGCACUCUCAGUUAUCCUUUACCAGUCUUUCCGAGUGGAUAUCGUCCUGUUGUAUCGGGAGAUAUUCCAGCCCUACUCAGUCAAGGAUGAUGGGAAGAUAUAUGAUGCAUAUGUUAUCUACCCCAAAAACCACACCAAUGAAGCUAAUUUUGUGGAAUAUUUUGUUUACCAAAUCAUGCCAGAUAUUCUGGAAAAUAAAUGUGGAUAUACAUUGUGUAUUUAUGGGAGAGAUAUAUAUCCUGGAGAAGAUGCAGCCAGUGCAAUUGAGAAGAGGAUGCAGAAGAGCAGAAGGUUGAUCAUCCUGCUGACACACCAGCUGAUUAAUUCUAAAGAAGAUUCUUAUGAUCAACACAUUGCUUUAUACAAUGCCCUCAUUCAAAAUGACACAAAGGUGAUCCUUCUGGAAAUGGAGACAAUUGGGAAUUAUGAGAAGCUUCAGGAGUCCCUUAGGUUUAUUAUUAAGCAGCAAGGCACCAUCAAGUGGAAAGAGGAGCACACGGUGCACCCACAGUCACCCAGCUCUAAGUUCUGGAAGCAGGUGAGGUACCAUAUGCCGCUGACACACAGACCCUCACACCUGGCUGACAGCAGGUGAGCAGCGCUGCACUACCAGGAUGGACAAGCCCACAGCUGGCUUUGCUUUCAGAAGGUGCAUGACUGUCCACUCUGCAAGUCUGGCUGAGUUUUUUGAACUUUUUUCCGUCCUUCAAUUGAGUAGCAAUGGGUAAAUUGAUGGAAGAGGUCUAGGAAACUGAGGGGACAUUUUAUAGGUAUGAGAGUUCUGUAAAGAAAUAAUUAUUGAUUGUGUGGAGAAUUUUGCACGUCACAGAAAACCAAAUGUGCUUAUACUCUUUCUAUAUAUAGUUGUAUAUAUAACAGAAAAUUAUGAUUGUGAAUAAUUGAAUGCUCUGCAGGUUUACUUCAUCUUUCUAAUGCAGUUGAUGAAAUAUAAAUGCCUUCUGUAUUAUUUGACUAGAAAAUAUAAUGUGUAUUUUGCAACUAGAAAGUGUAAUGUUAUGCUUUUGUUAACUUUUAUUUUCUGACCCUUAUUCCUUUUUGAUUCAAUGGUGAUACUCACAAGAUGAAAUUUUAUUUUUUCUUAGUAUGGGUGCCUCACUAAAGGAUCUUUUGAGACUGAUGUGAAUACAGUGUUGAGGGAAAUAAAUGCAAUGAUAUAUAUAUGUAUACAUGCAUAUAUCUAUAAAUAUAAUAUGCAUUGUUACAGGAAAUAAAUGCACCGAUACAUAUAAAGGUACUUUGUAUACACUUUAUUUUUUAUGUCUAUUAAAAUGAAUCUCACACAAAGGAGAAAGUUGAAAUAUUUUAGGUACAAUAAUCGUGUUGUUACUGUAAUUAUUUUCUUGAGAUAGAAAUAACAUAUAAAAAUUACGAUGUUCUUUUGAUAUGCUGACAGCCUUCCUUUAAGCUGCUGAAAAAAUAGAUCUUUUUUUAUAAGAAAAAUUAUCUACCUUUUUUCCAUGCUUUGGCCUCAUGUGUAGUUAUACUUUCUGAUAGGAAAUAGCCUUAAUUGCAGAGGUCAGAGCCAAAUCUCCUUCUAGUUCAGGGGAACAGGAACAAGAUGUAUUCUAGUACAGGUAUCCCUGCAAAAUUUAAUAUUUUAGAUUUUCAAACCCAGGAAAUUCUUCCUGUCAGAGAAGGCUUAGUUUUCAACUUUAGACUUGCUACAGAAUAGACUUAAAAAGUGAAGAUUAGAUGCAGAACAUUCAUUGUUACUAAGCCCAGGAUUACAAACAGGCAAGUUCUUUCCUUUCACUCUAAGUUUUUAUUGAAUAUGGAUCUUCAGAUUUAUAAAUAGAUAUUUGGAGUAGAAAUAAUGUGCAUAAACUAUCUGUAUAGAUAUUUUUCAGCAUUCAAUUAAAAGAUCUAUGGCAAACUA